ACAGUUGUCCCUUUUCUGUCUAUCCUGAAUACUAGUUUAUUAGAGUAUCUGGUAAAUGCCAAAUACAUAUAUAAAUCUUAUGCUGUUUGUGUGACCAAUGAAUGUAUUUUGUACCAUUCAGAACUCAACCUCUCUACACUCUUGUUCUGCCUAGGAACUUAAGGUUAAAGACAAAACAACAACUCAAUUUCUCUUUAAAAGCUGGUCGUUGUUUAAAUCGCCAUUCAUUCUUAUCAUGCCACUAUAUUGAAGAUAAUUAAUUAUCAGUAACAGUAGCAGAAGAAAACAUGACAUGUAAUGUAACAUUGUAACUUUGACAGCUUCACCAAAACAAUAUUACUCCAUUAUUCAUACCUUCUUUUUCUGUCCACAAUGUCUACCCUUUAUCCACGUGUUCAACCUAUGGUUUUAACAGAAAUGAGUGAAAAAGUUGAGGGAAGCUUAACAGUGACAUGGGAGAAUCUGAAAGUCACUGUUCCAGAUGGAAACAAAAGGAAACCAAUUCUUCAGGAUCUUACAGGUUAUGCUCAACCUGGAAGGCUUUUGGCUAUAAUGGGCCCUUCUGGCUCUGGAAAAUCCACACUUCUUGAUGCUUUAGCAGGAAGACUAAGCUCAAACAUAAAGCACACAGGAAAUAUUCUAAUCAAUGGUCACAAACAAGCACUGGCUUAUGGCAUAUCUGGUUAUGUAACACAAGAUGAUGCUAUGCUGUCGACAUUAACGGCCGGAGAAACUUUAUACUACUCAGCUCAGCUUCAAUUUCCAGAUUCUAUGUCCAUAACAGAGAAGAAAGAACAAGCUGAUGUUAUACUCAGAGAAAUGGGUCUAACAGAUGCUGUUAACACAAGGGUUGGAGGAUGGGGUUCUAAAGGCCUAAGUGGUGGACAAAAGAGGAGACUUAGCAUUUGCAUCGAGAUUCUAACACGCCCGCGACUUCUCUUUCUCGAUGAACCGACUAGUGGACUUGAUAGUGCAGCUUCUUAUUAUGUUAUGAGUAGGAUUGCCUCUUUGAAUUUAAGUGAUGGCAUUAAAAGGACUGUUGUUGUAUCCAUUCACCAGCCUAGCAGUGAAGUUUUUGAACUUUUUCAUGAUCUUUGUCUUCUGUCUUCUGGUGAAACUGUGUAUUUUGGUCCUUCCUAUGAUGCAAAUCAGUUUUUUGCUGCAAAUGGUUUUCCUUGUCCAACACUCCACAAUCCUUCUGAUCACUACUUAAGGAUCAUAAACAAAGAUUUUGAAUUGGAUACUGAAGAAGGCUUAGGUAAGGGAGUUACCACAGAAGAAGCAAUUGAUAUCCUUGUAAACUCUUAUCGUUCAUCUCAAAUUAGAAACCAAGUUAAAAAAGAAGUCGCAAAAAUAAGUGGAAGUGACUCUGGUGCAAUAGGGAAGAAGAGGAUCCAUGCUGCAUUUAUCACACAAUGCCAUGUUCUUAUAAGAAGAUCUUCCUUGCAAUUGUUUAGGGACAUAGGCAAUUACUGGCUACGUUUAGUUGUCUUUAUUUUAAUUGCAAUAAGCAUUGGUUCUAUCUUCUAUGACAUUGGCUCCAGUAAAGGAUCAAAUUCUAUUCAGGGGAGAGGUUCUCUGCUCACAUUUCUUAUUUCAGUUCUGACUUUCAUGACCCUUGUUGGUGGAUUCUCUCCUCUUUUGGAGGAAAUAAAGGUAUUUGAACGAGAGAGAUUGAAUGGACACUAUGGUAUUACUGCUUUUCUGAUUGGCAAUAUGUUAUCUUCUGUUCCUUACAUACUAAUGAUCUCUCUAAUUCCUGGAGGAAUAGCUUACUACCUUUGUAGCCUUCACAAAGGAGUAGAACACUUUAUAUACUUCACUUGUUUGCUAUUUUCCAUUGUGAUGUGGGUUGAGAGCCUUAUGUUGGUUGUUGGAAGCAUCUCUCCAAAUUAUGUAAUAGGAAUGUUCAUUACUGGUGGAAUUGAAGGACUCAUGAUUUUAACAGGUGGAUUCUAUAGACUUCCAAAUGAACUUCCUAAACCAUUAUGGAAAUACCCUUUAUACCAUGUAUCAUUCCUUAAGUAUGCAUUUCAAGGAUCAUUCAAGAAUGAAUUUGAAGGCUUAAGAGUUUCCAUGGAGACUAAUAAAACCAUGAGUGGUAGAAAAGCAUUGACUGAUAUAUGGCAUGUUGAAAUGGGUCAUUCUAAGUGGGUUGAUCUUGCUAUCAUGUUUGGUAUGAUUGUGUUGUAUAGACUUCUAUUCUUGGCUAUCACUAAGAGCAAGGAGAAGUUGAAGCCUUUUCUUGCACUCAUCGGUACUCCUUAAGAUUAAACUUCAUUUCUCAACAAACAAGUAAAUAUGUCACUUGUUGAAAAUGAUAAAUCUUAUAUUAAUUCAUCUUUAAAAAAUAAUACAUGUUUGUCAGAUUAAUCUUUCUUAACAAUUAAUAUAUAUAUAUUUAAUGAGUGGAAUUGGUGUAAUCUUUCUUAAUAAUACAUGUAAGAAAUUCCAAUUCCAACUUCUAUGACCA